AUGGGUUUCUCAAAAUUGUUCUUUUGUUCAUUAAUAUUCAUUCUCUGCGUAUUGAAUUUGUCAAUUCAUUCUAUAGCUUAUGCUUCCAGCAAUAACAUCACUCGUGAUGCUUAUUUUCAAGAAAAUGGCAGGAUUUGCCUUACUCCUUAUUCACCAUCACAAUCACCAUCACCUUCAUCUUCAAUUGGUGAAGGUAGAGCUCUUCAUAAUCAUCCAAUUAGGUUUCUUGAUCCUUGUACGAAUUCCAAUGCUUCUUUCAUUUGUCGUUUUUCUUUUUACAUCACUUCAUUUUCUGGUUCUUCAUCUUCUUCUCCACUGGAUAUUAGUGAUGAUCAUAUAGGAGUUGACAUCAAUUCGGUUAUGUCAUUUACUCCUGUUGAUUCAACUUUGAUGGGUUUUGAUUCAAAGAAUGGUAAAAGAAAGACAGUGUGGAUUGAAUACAUAGAUUCCAAGAAGAUGGUGAAAGUUUGGGUCAGUUAUACAAAAUCUAGAACUAUUAGGCCAAUUCUUGCUACUCAUAUUGAUCUUUCUAUGUGCCUUGAUGGGUUUAUGUUCAUUGGUUUUUCUGCAUCAAAUGGAGAGGGAUCAGCACAACUCGUGGUCGCGAAAUGGAGAUUCAGGACUUAUGGGUUUCUUCCUUCCUCUAAUUCCUCUGAUACAAGGGUUGAAGGUGGUGGUUUUAUGCGUGUUACUGAUUAUGUAGUGAAAAAUGGUACUGCUGAGUUACCCUCGACUGAACUAGCGUUUCUUGUCUUAGUUUUGGUUCUAAUCUAG